UGUGUGUGUGUGUGUGUGUGAGAGAGAGAGAAAAAAGAGAGAGUGUGUAUGCUCUGCUCCUUUCCUUUCUUUGUUUGACUACUGAGUGGAAAAAGGGAGACAGAGAGUGUGUGUGAGUGAGAGAGAGGAGGGUGAGAGAGAGAGGAGAGAAAGAGAGGACAAGGAGAUUCAAAGCCAGAAGUACACACUUUUUUGGGAGAAGACAAAGGAGUAUUCUCUUUGUAAAAAAUAUAUUUUAUUUUUUUUUGAAAAAAUAACUGCAUGCUUUUGACACCAGUGUCAGAUUUAGAUCUGAUGUGAGUGUGUUUAUGUGUAUCUCUCCGGCUGGCAGUGUAUGUGUUUGUGUGUGUUUGUAGGGGUGAAAGGGGGGCAGCCUUCUCCCGGCCCCCGUCUGAUUUAAAGGGAAAAAGAGGACACACAAAGCUUGGAGCGCUAGCUAAGCAGACAGGCAAAAUCUGCUGAGCUAGCCUUCGCCGAACCUAAAAACACAAUCUGGAUAUUACCAUCGUCAACCUCUCACCCCCACACAACACUACCUAACCCCCAACCCACGGUGCUGGCAGGAGGAGGCGCAGGAGGAAGUAUGGUCAUACUCUAACCCCCCCACACCCCUCCCCUGCUGCUGGGACAGACCGGAGCUUCUACACUCACCUGGGUUGAGGCAGCCCCAGAGAGAUGACUGACAGCAGAAGCUGAGACUCAAGACUGUGAAUCUUCAUAAGGUGCUAAACUUUAAGCCAACAGGCUUGUCGUUCCUUGGUGCUGUAGCCAGACAGGCAGACUUGCAGACGCUCCCUGCUCUGUGUUGGGAGGGUGGCCUUCUCUGUUCUGCAGUGGAGGGCUUCACACACACAGCUACUGUGGCUGGAUGCAUCACGCGGUAGAGCAGUUUGGCGGGCGUGGCACACGGGACUCCUUCCCUCUGGACGGACUCAGUCGGGGACCAUGGGCUCCCGUGGGCGGCCGCACCUGGGCGCCACCUGCCAGGUGUUCGCCAGGUAUCAAUCAACACCAGCUCAUUCCCCACCUCCCACCCAAUCACAUGGGUGGACUGAACCAUCCCAGUAAAUACUACAAUAAUGGUCCCAUGCAGGCGCGUGGGGGAGAGAAGCUGGACCUGUCCCCGGCCAUGCUCCCUGCCCUCCAGAGGGAGGCAGCCCAGAGGCCUCCCCCCCCUCCCCACCGCGUCUGGGAGCAGCUGUACGAGUCCCACCCUCCCUCGGGACCCGGACCCUUGCCCGGCGACCACGCGCCUCGCCUGCACAACGGCUACAACCCGGGACCUCCCCCCGCCCCCCAUCACCCCCCCGGCAGACCCAAUCAGCUGCUGAAGUACGGGGGACCUCAGGAGCAGCAUAUCUCCAGGGCUCCGCCCUCCCUGGGAGAUGAGCUGUGGGCGCAGGUGCAGCAGGGCCAGCAGAGGGGCUACCCAGGGAAGAUGAUGGGGGGUCAGCUGAAGAGGCCGGCCCCGCCUCUGGGGGAGCACUCGGUCAUUCAGCACGCCCCGCUGCACCCCUCGUCGCGCCCAGGAGACGACUGCCCCAGCCCCAGCAAGAGGAAGAGGAGCUCAGACCAGGUACCUCAUCCAGGGAUGCAGAGGUUCUCUGGUGCCAGCCAGCCCCCCCUGCAGCCCAGCUACCCCCCUCCCAAGCCCACUUUCUGGAACCCCAUACACAAGGCCAAUGCCCCCUGGCCCCAGCCCGAACGCAAGAACCCCUCCCUGGAGUUCCAGGUCAGAACCGACUCUGGCAAGCCAGGCAUGGGCGGUGGCUACACCCACAAGCCCCUCCAACCCUCCGCCCCCUCGCCCCUCACCCCCACAUCAUCCCCUGGGGGUUACCCCCAGCAGGGGCGUGGCGCCCCCCCACCCCACAAAGCUCCCUUCCAACCUCAGGCUCUCAAUCAAUCCCUUCACAACCAGCACCACCCUUCCUCCUACCCCCACCCCAACAAGCCAGUCUCAGCCCCCCCGCGUGUGGAGCCCAGGGCCGCACCGCCUCAGAGGGGGCCCAACCAGGGGGGCCGCAUCCAGCCCCCUCCACACCCCUCCAGGGGGGACCGAGAACACCCUCACGCCCACCCUCACCCCCAGCCCUCACCAGCAAACCCGACCGGCGUGCCUUACAGCCAUCCCCAGUUCCAGCCCCACCCAGGGCUGCAGGGCCCCCCUCCUGCCAGCUCGUCCUCAGUACCUCAGCUGCACAGCCAGGCCCAGAACCAGGCCCAACAUCAGGUCUGGAGACACCCCAACCAGGGCAGGCCAGGCCACCAUCAUAACAUGGAGUCUGGUCACUACAGGGUCCCCGGCUCAGCACCUCAGGGGCAGCAGAGCCACAACCAGAACCAACAGGAGAACCGGGCUCCAGCCCCAUCCCAGAGCCAGCAUCAUCAGUACCCGAGCCCCCUUCCCCACGGCCUCCCGGCUUCCACUCGGACCCCUGUCAUCACCCAGAACCCACCCGUUUCCCAGCCUCCCUGUUCUGUGAAUCGUUUCGCCAACUCCAACGCCCACAGUUCCGGUGGUAUCAUUUCUGGACCUUCCAUCUCUACAUUGACCACAGCACCCCCUGCUGUCUGCUCUGCAGUCAACAGCAGCAGCCCCUGGAGAGGGCCCCAAACCACCACCCCCUCCUCCCUGGAUGCCCUCCUGCACCCAGGCUAUCAGGGAGCCCACCUGGGUCUAGGCAGCCUGCCUCCCUCUCAGGCCCCCAGGCCCCAGCAGCCCCCCAGCAACCACCAGCCCACACAGGGGAAGUCCUACUAUGGACGAUCCGACCUGGAGCGCUACCAGACGUCCUCGGCACCCUCGUCUUCGUCAUUAGGCCUGGGAAGGACUGGAGAGAGUGUCAUCACCAGCAGGGCGUCCAACCCUGCCCUCGCCGUGACCAGCUCCCCCCUCCAUCGCCCCAUGCACCCACCUGCCCCAGCCGUGACCAGCUCCCCCCUCCAUCGCCCCGUGCACCCACCUGCCCCAGCCGUGACCAGCUCCCCCCUCCAUCGCCCCAUGCACCCGCCUGCCCCAGCCGUGACCAGCUCCCCCCUCCAUCGCCCCAUGCACCCACCUGCCCCAGCCGUGACCAGCUCCCCCCUCCAUCGCCCCAUGCACCCACCUGCCCCACACCACUCCGGCACGCAGCCUUCCACAAACCCUACCUUCUCCAGACUCGGCCCCCAACCGAGCCCCUCUGUUCAGGGCUACUCUCACCCUGCCCCCCAGCCCCCCGCCCCCGUAACCCAGUCGAUAGAAGAAGCUUUGGAUAAACUGGAUGCAGAGUUAGAGGGCCACAUGCAGGCAGAGGAGAGGAGGAGAGACUGGGAGAGAGAGAAGGAGCAGAGGAAGAGGAGGGAGGAGGAGGAAGAGAGGCAGGAAGAGGAGAGGAAGAAACGAAGGGAGUGCGAGAGAAAAGAGGAGGAGCGAAAGAGGAGAAUGGAGAGGAAGAUGAAGGAGGAGGAGAUGACGAGGAAAGGAAGAGAGGAGAGCGCCAUCGAGAGUUUGGAAAGACUCCUGUCAAACAGAACUUUGCCGUCUUCAAUGUCGUCGUCGUCAUCCUCCACGCCCCAACCUCCAUGUCUCUCCUCCGUCACCAACUCCAAUCCUCCACCCUCGACCCAGUCCUCGCCCCCUUACCCCUGGCUGAGCCGGGGAGGUGUGCCCCCUUGUCCUUCAGUCCAGGCCGCAGGGAUCCAACCUCCCCCAACCCCCUUGGAAAGACUCUGUCCCCCCCCGCUCACCCCCCAGACCGAGUACGCCAGGGAGAAGCAGAGGCAGAGAGAGAUGUGGGGGGGCAACAACGUAGGCCCCAAUCCCCCCUCAAAAAGUACCUCAGGGAUGACCCAGCCCUCCUACCCCAGCCCUGCCCCCUCCUCCAACCCCCACCAGACCACGGCGCAAGGUCUACCACCCAAAAGUGAGAGAGGCAGCCCGGAGGGCGGGGCCCUCGGCCCCCCGAAGCUCUUCCAGGCCUUCCCCAGAGACGCCCUGUGCUCCGGCACCGCCUCCAGCACCACGGGGGGCCUCCUCCAGAAGCGCAUGCCCAGCGGAGGGCUCGGCAGCCUGGGCAGCAGCACCAACAGCUCCAGCGGGGACUCGGACAGCGCCCAGUUUGAGGAGGAGCCCUCAGACAUGUCCACCCUGCUGCCCGACGGCCUCGCCAACAUCAUGGCCAUGCUGGACGAGUCCAUCAAAAAGGAGGAGGAGCUCUGCAGUGGCGGCGGCGACCAGGGCAGGUCUCCGGUCGUCGGCGUCUCCGCUUUCCAGGCCGGCGCCAUGCCGCCCAUCAAGAGCUACCUGUGCGCCCCGGACCUCAUCCCGGCGCCCAAGCAGCAAGCCCAGGAGGACUUUGGGUCACUCGACGACCACUCCAGCCCUCCUGUCCUCAGCCGCCAGGGCUCCCUGGCCUCCCCCUGCAGCCGCACCUCCUCCCUCAACGACGAGGACGAGGACGGCGGCGGCAGUCCCAAACCCGCCCUCCCCCUCGGCGGCAGACAGAACAUGGACGCCGGAUCGGGAACGGCGGGGACCAACUACAGUCCCAGCGACCUGGCCAAGCUGUACGGCAUCCCGGAGCAGGGGAAGAGCGAGGCGGAGGACGAGGACGAGGAGUCGGAGACCACGCCGUCCUGCUCCCCGCCGCCUCAGAGGCCCCACCUCCACCAGACGGGCGUCAACAGCAGGGCGCUGGCGUCCUCCGUGCUGGAGAGCCAGAAGUACGUCUACCGAGGAGGGCCGUUCGGACGCCCCCCGCCUUCUGCGCUAGUCGGGGUCAAGUACUCCUCCUCGCUCUCGUUGGGCCCCGACAUCUGCCGGCAGCAGCAGAGCACCUCCCCGACCUCCGACUCGACCAAUCAGCCAAGCUUCAACUCGGCUGUCCCGCCCAUGAAGUCACGGCCGCAUUCCCCGAUUGGCUGGCCAGAGAGCAGGAAGAUAAAGGUGGAGGAGCCGGACGACUGGAGGGAAGACGGAAAGGAGAGGAGGAUGAGCUCAGGAAAGGAGUCUUGCUCCCUCACAGAGUCGAUCAAGACGGAGCCUAAAGAAGAGAUGAAGCUGACCACCAUCUCUGAGUCGUCUCUGGCUGAGCUUGGCCGGAGCUGCGAGGUGUUCCUCAACAGCCAGACUCUGCCCAGCAGGAACCACUCAGACCAGACCAAGACCCAGCUCAAACAUGAGGACAGACACAAGCCCGAGAGAGAGAAGGAACGGGACAGGGAGAGGGAUAGAGAGAAGGCCAAGAAGAAGAAACAUGGGAGUACCCACAGCAGUCACAGCAGCAGCAGCGGCAGUAGCAGCAGCAGCAAGAAGCAUGAGGAAAGGACGGAUAGGAAGAAAAAGCACAGGGAGAAACGAGAGAUGUUCUCCUCCUCCUCCUCCUCUUCCUCCCACUCGAGCUCCAGCAAACGGCACAAGGAGAAAAAGGACAGGCGGAUUCUGGGAGAUCUGGACCUCCAGAGCAAGGAGGUCAGGGAGAAGGAGCGGGCCCACUCGGACGCCGAGAGGAAGAGGAGGAGGGAGGCGGUCGAGGGCUCCACCAGCGAGGGCGAACACGCGGAGUGGGCGUCCCAGAGCGGAGUCGACCGGGCAGCCUCCAAGGACCAGGCGGACGCGGCGGGCUCGGCGCUGGGCUCCAACGACUUCCUGAAGCUCAAGGCGCUGUCGGACGGGCCGCCCAAGGAGCUGAAGAUCCGCCUGAUCAAGGUGGAGAGCGGAGCCCGCGAGACGUUCAUCGCCUCGGAGGUGGAGGAGAAGAGGAUCCCCCUGGAGGAGAUCAACAUCAGGAACUCUGCCAGCGAGGUCAUCAGGGCUUGCAAGGGGGCCAGAGUGAAGGGAAAGUUCAGAGAGUCCUACCUGCUGCCUGCCUUUUCUGUGAAACCCGUCAUGUCUGUGGAUCCUAUCCCCCGAGAGAAACUCAACCCUCCCACCCCGAGCAUCUACCUGGAGAGCAAGAGAGACGCCUUCUCCCCGGUGCUGCUGCAGUUCUGCACCGACCCUAAGAACCCUGUCACCGUCAUCAGAGGCCUGGCAGGCUCGCUACGACUCAACCUGGGCCUGUUCUCCACCAAGUCCCUGGUGGACGCCAACGCGGAGCACGCCGUGGAGGUGAGGACGCAGGUGCAGCAACCGGCCGACGAGAACUGGGACGCCAGUGGGCGGGGCCAGACGUGGCCCUGCGAGAGCAGCCGCUCCCACACCACCAUCGCCAAGUACGCCCAGUACCAGGCCUCCUCCUUCCAGGAGAGCCUGCAGGAGGACAAGGGCAGCGACGAGGAGGAGGAGGAUGAAGAACAGAAGGAGAAGAAGCAGCCUGGAAUUUUGGAGAUGCAGUGUAAAGAGGGAGUGACUACCGGUGGCAGCGCCGAUCAGAAAUCAGUGGGGAAGAUCAUCAAGUUUGGGACUAACAUCGACCUGUCAGACCCUAAGAGGUGGAAGCCCCAGUUACAGGAGCUGCAGAAGCUACCAGCCUUCAUGCGGGUGGCGUCCAGCGGCAACAUGCUGAGUCACGUGGGACACACCAUCCUGGGCAUGAACACUGUCCAGCUCUACAUGAAGGUCCCAGGCAGCCGCACCCCUGGUCACCAGGAGAACAACAACUUCUGCUCGGUUAACAUCAACAUCGGUCCUGGAGACUGUGAGUGGUUCUCUGUGCACGAGAACUACUGGCCCGCCAUCAACGACUUCUGUGAAAAACAUGGAGUGGACUAUCUGACGGGGUCCUGGUGGCCGGUCCUGGAGGACCUGUACCGCUCCAACAUCCCCGUGUACCGCUUCAUCCAGCGGCCCGGGGACCUGGUCUGGAUCAACGCCGGGACAGUCCACUGGGUCCAGGCUGUGGGCUGGUGCAACAACAUCGCCUGGAACGUGGGGCCGCUCAACUCUUACCAGUACCAGCUGGCCCUGGAGCGGUUUGAGUGGAACGAGGUGAAGCGGGUCAAGUCUAUCGUCCCCAUGAUCCACGUCUCCUGGAACGUGGCGCGCACCGUCAAGGUCACCGACCCCGACACCUACAAGAUGAUCAAACACUGCUUGCUGCAAUCCAUCAAACACAUUCAGAUCCUGAGGGACCAGCUGGGGGCCUUGGGGAAGAAGAUCUCCUACCAGAGCAGGGUCAAGGACGAGCCUGCCUACUACUGCAACGAGUGUGACGUGGAGGUGUACGACCUGCUGUUUGUGACCAGCGAGACUGGGAGUAGGAAGACCUACGUGGUGCACUGUGAGGACUGUGCCCGCCACCGUAGUCCCAGCCUGGCCAACGUGGUGGUGCUGGAGCAGUACCGCAUGGAGGACCUGAUGGCCACAUAUGACAGCUUCAACCUGGCGUCACCCUCCACUUCGCGAUGACAGACCUCCUCCACAUUCAGUUCCUCUCAGCCAUAACCAAAACUCCUGCAAGCCAGGACAAAUACAUUCUUACUUUGGUGAUUUUAAUUUUGCUUCCUUUUAAAAUGUGUUUUUGUAGUUUUUUUUGUUGUUUUUUACUACUACUGCUAAUACUUGCAAUUACAGCCAAUUGAAAACCAGUUUCCUCAUCACUGUUUACAAAAUAAAACAUUAAAAAAAGAAAAGAAAUGCCACCAAUCAUAUGCCAGUUUACUCUCAAUGGUGCUCAUGAGAAGACCAGACACCUGGUUAUGGAGGACUUGAAGAUGUACAGCAGUUGGCACUGCCAUUGAACAAACUAAACAUAGGGAGUCAGUGGUUUCAACGGCAUGCUAUUGUUUCUGAAUUUAGUUUUAAGUUCGAUUUGUUUUUGUCAUCUUGAAUACUGAAAUUUGUACAUUGCUGUUUGUAUUUUAUGUGGGGUGAUGUUUUUCCUCGAUAAUUUAUUGUUUUGUUUUCUAAACUAGAUCCGCCUAGCUAUAUACCACAUUGGCCUUGUGACUUGUAUUUAGAGAUGAAAUGAAAAAUACUAAUAAUAGAGAUAUGAACAUUUUUCUAAAGCAUUAAGAAUUUUUAAAAAUGCAAUUGUUUGGAAUGCUUCAGAACAUACGGGUUUAAAAAGACUUGUUUUUUAAUUUUUGUUUUGUCUUUCCGAAUCUUGUGUUGUUUUUAGAUUUUUUUUUUAACUUUUACAAAUGAAUUAUAUUAUUUCUUCUGGAGAAAAAGAUUCAAGCGUCAGGCCUCCCUAAGACUACAUUAAGUCUUGUGUUCAGUUCAAUACUUGCUACCAACCACCAUUUUCAUACGGUGUCAUACUUGCAAUUGUUUUGCUAAAUACAGAUUUAUAAUUUUCCUGGAUUUAACGUGUAAAUGUUUUGUUUUAUUUAAAUGUUUUUUUUUCUAUUUAUUGGAUAUCAAUGCUAUCCCCUUUUUGAAUAGGGUUGUACAAGUUUGAAAAGUUUUCUAUGGUGAUUCUGAUUUUUGAAUUUAGAAAGUUGAGGAGGAGGGGGGGGGGGUGUAUAUGGGGGGGCUGCUGUUUCACUGGUGCUUACCUCCCCCAUAUUGGUCUCUCACCCCUCCAGGUAUAUAUAAAUGAUAUCUUUAAUAAAUAUAACUCCACUUUUCCCUUAGAUGCUAGGAACACACAGGACGUAGAGACGACUAACGGAAUGCUGUAUCUGUAAUUAUGCUCAUUUUGAAAGUUAAAAAAAAAACGUAAUUACAAUUUCUUGAAGAUACAGAAAGUGUAGUUAUGCUUGUGUUUAUCUGUAGGUGCUUUUAGAUUUGAAAUGAUUUAAAUGUUUUUUUAUUUUUUAGAUAUUAUAAUAUGAUGGAUAUUGAUUAUGGGAUAGAUGGUGCUAACUGUUCCUUGAACAAACUCCUGUCUCCUUUCCUAAGAUGAAAAUUAUUUUUUUCCUCUUGCAAUAUACCUUUCCUUUUCUCCUUCUCUUUGUCGUCAUGUACUUAAAACUGCACUGUUUUAGAGAAUUCACUCAUACACACAACCAACUGAGCCAGACUUGUCUUAAACACUUUGUGAAUUUGUGUGACAUUACUAUGACUAUUAAUAAACGCUUUUGAUAAACCCAA